UGAACAGAGAAAAUGGCUAGAAAGCGUGUCCUGUGGUAUACGUAAUGCUUAGCGGAAGGUGGGUUUAUUGGUUUCGCAUUCUCAGCUUGAAGGCGGCAGCUCCAACCCCAAGCCUCCAACGCACUCGAGUCCACCACCGUUCGCCGUCGGCAAUGGCGAUUCCGCGCCGCCUGCCCUGCCUUCCCACCGUGGCCGUGUCCACCAGACGCUCGACCGCGAGCCUAGCCGUCUCCCAUGGUGGGACCGGCGCGAGGCCCUCGACGGCCGUCCUGGCCGCCGCCGCGACGGCAGCCGCGGCGGCGGGCCGCGCCUCCGAGUGCCAGUCGCUCCUCCUCCGCAUGUCGCGGCGCCGCGGCGCCUCCCGCGUCGAUAUCGUGUCGUCCCUCCUCGCCUCCUCCCCGACCCCGCAGCCGCAGGUGUUCGACCUCCUCAUCCGCACCUACACCCAGUCCCGCAAGCCCCGGGAGGCAUUCGAGGCCUUCCGCCUCCUCCUCGACCGCCGCGUCCCCAUCCCCGCCGCCGCCUCAAACGCGCUCCUGGCCGCGCUCUCCCGCGCCGGCUGGCCCCACCUCACCGCGGACGCCUACCGCCUCGUCCUGUCCUCCGGCUCCGAGGUAAACACCUACACGCUUAACAUCAUGGUCCACAGCUGCUGUAAAGCCCUACAGUUCGAUAAGGUUGAUACCGUGAUCUCCGAGAUGGAGAAGAGAUGCGUGUUUCCGGAUGUGGUAACCCAUAAUGUGAUGAUUGAUGCUAGAUUUCGUGCUGGGGAUGUUGAGGCGGCGAUGGCAGUGGUCGAUUCGAUGGUUAGUCAGGGGAUAAAGCCGGGAAUCUUGACGUAUAAUGCGGUGUUGAAGGGGUUGUGUAGGAAUGGAAGGUGGGAUAAAGCGAGGGAGGUGUUCAGGGCAAUGGACGAGUAUGGGGUGGCUCCCGAUGUUCGGAGCUUCAACAUGUUGAUUGGGGGAUUUUGUAGAGUUAAGGAGGCUGGUGAGGCGAUGAAGUUUUAUAAGGAGAUGCGGCGGCGUGGAGUCACACCAGAUAUUGUGAGCUUUAGUUGCUUGAUUGGGUUGUUUGCAAGGAGGGGGGAGAUGGACCGUGGGGCAGCCUACUUGAGGGAGAUGAGAGAGUUCGGGUUGAUGCCUGAUGGUGUGAUUUACACAAUGAUCAUUGGUGGAUAUUGCAGGGCUGGGUCAAUGUUGGAGGCGCUGAGAGUUAGGGAUGAGAUGGUUGGCCAUGGAUGUUUGCCAGAUGUGGUAACUUACAAUACCUUGCUGAAUGGGCUCUGUAAAGGGCGUAGGUUGUCUGAUGCAGAGGAGCUUUUGACUGAGAUGAGGGAGAGAGGGGUCCCACCAGAUUUAUGCACCUUCACAACUUUAAUUCAUGGGUAUUGUAGGGAGGGCAACAUAGAGAAGGCAUUGCAACUAUUUGAAACAAUGCUGCAUGAGCGUUUGACGCCAGACAUUGUGACAUACAACACUUUGAUUGAUGGAAUGUGCAGACAAGGUGAUCUGGGCAAAGCUAAUGAGCUAUGGGAUGAUAUGCAUUCUCGAGAAAUCUUCCCCAAUCACAUUACCUACAGCAUCCUGAUAGACAGCCACUGUGAGAAGGGACAAGUGGAUGAUGCAUUUGGGUUUUUGGAUGAAAUGAUAAACAAGGGGAUUGUGCCAAACAUCAUGACCUAUAAUUCCAUCAUUAAGGGUUACUGCCGGUCUGGAAAUGUAUUGAAGGGACAACAAUUUUUGCAGAAGAUGAGGGAUGCCAAGGUGUUGCCUGAUUUAAUUACUUACAACACCCUAAUCCAUGGUUAUGUUAAAGAAGAGAAGAUGCAUGAAGCUUUUAAUUUGCUUAACAUGAUGGAGAAUGAAAAGGUUCAAGCAGACACUGUCACGUAUAAUAUGAUUAUAAAUGGGUUUUCUGUACAUGGUAAUAUGCAAGAAGCUGAUUGGGUUUACAAGAAAAUGGGUGCUAGAGGAAUCGAACCAGAUAGAUAUACAUAUAUGUCCAUGAUAAAUGGUCAUGUUGCAGCUGGAAACUCGAAGGAGUCAUUUCAACUUCAUGAUGAGAUGCUUCAGAAAGGGUUUGCUCCUGAUGACAAAUUCUGAGGGUAUUAUUUUCCUCCAUACUGGAAUCUAAUUGAUGCUAUGGCUAAUUCAACAAUGAGAAAUGAAGGCAUUUUGCAGUUUGUUUAGAUUGUCAGGAUUUUUGCUCCAUUAAGUAUUUAUGGACUUGAAGGCGUCUGAUUAAAUUUUGGAGUAAAUUCCGUGGAAGUUUUCAUUAUUGGGUGGUCCAAGGGUAGAAAAUUUUCCACACAAGUGACCUCUCUAGACGUGCUUUCUUCACCAACGUGCAGAAAUAUUUUGUUAGGGCUCAGGAGGUGUGCUUUUGUUUUCUGGGCAGCGGAGGAAUCUAGCAUGCUCUAAAUUUCACAGGUGGGGUCCACGGGCCAGCUACCCAUUAGCAGAGAGGGUUCGGUCACACGACUGCUCUUUUCCGCUUCCUUCCACGUUGUUCGGUCCACUCUUCAUCAGCGCCUCACGCAGUGUUGACUCGGGCCGCUUCGUCGUCAGUGUCUCGCUCUGCGUCACGUCGGACCGCACGGCCGCACGUGCAAAGCACGGUCCAGUGCCUCCUGUUCGAGCACCUCGGCGCCGGCGCGCAGGACGUGUAGACGUGCAUGGGCGACGAGCACGGUGACGGCGCGGCGCGGUGGCACUGUGGUGUGCUGAGUUUAAUUUGUCACUUGCUUGUCUGUGGUGUUAUUAUGUGGAUUCAUGUUGUUUUCAGUUGAACUGAAGCCUUUCCAUGCAUCGCCUUCUUGCUCUUGGACUUGUACGAGAGUAGCAGCAGCACUAGUACCGCUUAGAGAGCAAAUCCAGUGCAAGGAGGAGGCCCUGCUGCACCUGAUUAGCAGGCAAAGAGCCCGCGCCUCUCAAUCGACAUCCCAACAGUGAGCAAAUCCAGUGCAAGGAGGAGGUCCUGCUGCACCUGAUCAGCAGCCAAAGAGCCCACACCUCUCAGUCAACAUCCAAACAGUGAGCAGCAGCCUACGGCAUACCCAAUCAGCAUGUCCUCGUCACACCGACUACAGCAGCCGCUGACACCACACCAACAACACUUGGUUCAGGUUCUAGUAAGAACGGCAGCAACAAUGUCCCUGCCAAGCUGCAUGUCCUCCUCAUACGGAGUUCAAUGAAAAAGAAUAAUCCUGGGUUCUAACUUCUAAGCCAAGUAACAUUCGGUUGAUCCUGUAUCCAUAUAUAAUCACAUAUUUUAUUUCAAUACAGACGACUGAUCGUUCCUUCUGUUUUGAUAUUAUAAACAACAAUUAAUGUUGAGUCUGAACA